AUCUGGACCUUAACCACCAUUAUACAUUCCAGGAGUUCGAAAUAUUAAACGAAAAGCUAAAGACAUGUGCUCCUUUGGAAAUUAAAGGACAACCCAUUGAUCUUUUUGAAUUUGAUAAUUCUGGAAAAUUAAUUCCUAUGCCGCUGGCCACAAUCUUUGUAGAAGUUGUCAUUGCAACAAUUGUUGGCCUACUUCACCGCUGGAAUAAACAAACAUACCAAAAUGGUGCUAUCACUACAUCGCAAGGAGGUUUCAACUUUAAUAGCAG